AUGGCUUCUCAUAGCUCGACCCGAUGUCUAUCGCAUUGGCGACUCAGUUUCAUUGAUGUGCCAAUCGAUUUCUCGGAGAAGCCACUCAAGCUUUGGAUCAUCAUCUUAACUCGCUUCCCUUUUCCUCUCGCCCUGGUGCCGUGGUUUAACUCUUACCCAUACACUCAUCUCAAAACUAAAACUUAUACCCUUAAGCAGCUCAACUGUGCAUUUUCACUAGCGCACGAUAUAGAAUUGACCCUUCUCCUUCCACUCUUCUGGCACUAUACAUCGAUGGAUAUUGCAGAGAGUUCACCGUUCACCGUUAUCCUCACACUCCUUCCUAUCUUUGUCAUCUUUGUUGAGUUGGUUUCCGCUUACCCAUUUUACUCCCCUCCCUUUUGUUUUGUUGGGUGUUUACAUAAGUAA